GUAGAAGUUGCAUAUAAGCAACUGUUGGUGCGACUACUGAAUAACGAAGUAAUGGCCAAUCUUGCUGAUUCUUUCUUGGCUGAUCUUGAAGAGUUAUCUGACGAUGAGGCUCCUGUACCUGAUGAAGAUGAAGCAGAAGUUGGUGACAUGGAAGAAGAUGGAAAUGAUGAUAUGGAUGACCUGGAAGCUCUCAAUUACGAUGAACUUGAUAGUGUUUCAAAAUUGCAGAAAACUCAAAGAUACAAUGAUAUUAUGCAAAAAGUUGAAGAAGCACUUCAGAAAGGUUCAGAUAUUUCUGGUCAAGGGAUGGUUUUAGAGGAUGACCCUGAGUAUCAGCUGAUUGUGGAUUGCAAUGGUUUAUCGGUGGACAUUGAAAACGAAAUUAUCAUUAUUCAUAAUUUCAUACGUGACAAAUACAGGAUGAAGUUCCCUGAACUUGAAUCUCUUGUCAAUCACCCUAUUGAUUAUGCUAGGUUGGUUAAAAAGAUUGGUAAUGAGAUGGACUUAACGCUUGUGGACUUGGAAGGGCUUUUGCCCUCGGCUAUUAUUAUGGUAGUUUCUGUUACAGCAUCAACUACCAGUGGCAAGCGUCUUGCAGAUGAUGUCUUGAAUAAAACAAUUGAUGCAUGUGAUCGAGCCCUUGCUCUUGAUUUAGCGAAGAAAAAAGUACUGGAUUUUGUUGAGAGCAGGAUGGGAUACAUAGCCCCAAAUCUUUCUGCUAUUGUUGGAAGCGCUGUUGCAGCAAAACUUAUGGGAACUGCUGGUGGUUUGUCUGCCUUAGCAAAAAUGCCUGCUUGUAAUGUACAACUGCUUGGGGCAAAGAGAAAGAAUCUGGCUGGUUUUUCAACUGCAACUUCACAGUUCCGAGUUGGUUAUCUUGAACAAACAGAGAUUUUUCAGAGCACACCUCCUUCUCUGAGGACACGUGCUUGCAGACUUCUGGCUGCAAAAUCAACCCUGGCAGCAAGAGUUGAUUCAACAAGAGGAGAUCCAACUGGGAAGACUGGAAGGAACUUACGCGAAGAGAUACGUAAAAAGAUUGAGAAGUGGCAAGAGCCUCCCCCUGCAAAGCAACCGAAGCCUCUGCCUGUUCCAGACUCAGAACCGAAGAAGAAAAGAGGCGGUCGCCGACUAAGAAAGAUGAAAGAAAGAUAUGCUGUUACUGAUAUGAGGAAGCUAGCGAACAGAAUGCAAUUUGGAGUUCCAGAAGAGAGUUCAUUAGGUGAUGGCUUGGGUGAGGGUUACGGCAUGCUUGGUCAGGCAGGAAGUGGGAGGUUGCGCGUGUCAGUUGCCCAAAGUAAACUAUCUACUAAAGCUGCUAAAAAGUUCAAGGAGAAAAGUUACGGAAGUAGUGGUGCUACUUCCGGAUUGACUUCAAGUCUGGCAUUCACACCUGUACAAGUGAGUAUAUUUUUCAUCCGUUAA